AUGACAUCUUUUGCACUUAUCAAUAAACAUUUUGUGGUAGAUCCUCUGGGCUUUGCUGGGGGGCUUGCUCUUUUCUGGAGAACUAGCAACUUUGAUUUUUCAAUUAUUAGGCACACUUCUCAAGCUAUUCAUGGAAUCGUGAGAGGGUUAGGGACGACAACCACUAGAGUUUCAUUUGCCUACGUGAGACCUAAUGUUCUGGCUAAGGAGAUGUUCUGGAGUGAUUGCAGAAAUUACGCCAAUAAUAACGGGGGUCCCUGGAUUAUGAUGGGGGACUUUAAUGAUAUCAUUGAUGAUACCGAACAAUGGGGUAGUUCUGCAGUUAACCUGAGUCGGUGUGCGACUUUUGUGGAUGGGUUUAAUGUUUGUGGGCUUCUGGACAUGGGUACCAUGGGGGUUAGAUACUCCUGGUUUAGACAAGAAGGUGGACGUAUGGUGCUUCGUAAAAAGUUAGAUCAUGUGUUAUGGAACUUUGACGCCCAAACUACCUUCCCGGAGGCUAAAGCAGCUAUUCUCUGUUAG